CGUCAAGCAAUCAAUAGUCAGGGUAGUGCUACGUAGCCAGCAGACAUCAACAAACCGCCAUAAAAUGUUGCCGAUAUUAUUAUUCCUCCUCGCUUUACGUGGAUUAAAUUGUGAACCUGAAACGGUCAGGGAAAACUUCGACUACUUCAGUUACGGCCCUGAAGAUGAUCUUUUGAAGAGUUUAAAUUUACACUUGCCUAAGGAGGAAAUAGUGCUAAGACCGCAAGAAGUGAAGGACUGGCCGCAACAGUCUCUGAACGUGGGUCAGAUUACGGCUGUUUCUAUCAACUCUUUGGGACAGCCGGUCAUUUUCCAUAGAGCUGAAAGAAUAUGGGACGAAAGUACAUUCAACGAGUCAAAUGUAUAUCAGAACCUGGACAAAGGGCCGAUAGUAGAGGACACUAUCCUAGUUCUGGACCCGCAUACCGGCUCCGUACUACACAGCUGGGGCGCCAAUGCGUUUUACAUGCCACAUGGGCUUACCGUUGACCAUCACGACAACGUUUGGGUCACGGAUGUGGCUAAACAUCAAGUUUUUAAGUACACCCCGCUGAACCACAAAUACCCCACCCUGACGAUCGGCGAAGCCUUCACAGCGGGCUACCCCUACCGCCGCCGAGUCCUCCUCUGCAUGCCCACAUCAGUCGCCGUCGCCACCACAGGCGAAAUCUUCGUCGCCGACGGCUAUUGCAACAACCAGAUCCUCAAAUUCAACGCAGCAGGAAAACUCCUACUAGAAAUCCCCAUGUAUUCCGACACGCUUACCUUAAAUCUUCCACACAGUGUUACUCUGUUGGAGCACCUUGAUAUGGUCUGUGUAGCUGAUAGAGAGAAUAUGAGGAUCGUCUGCCCGAAAGCUGGAUUGAAGAGCUAUAUCAAAAUGUUGGACCCUGCUACGAUUAUUGAAGAUCCGACUUUAGGCAGAGUUUUCGCUGUCGCGUCGCAUGGAGAUACGAUUUACGCUGUGAAUGGACCGACGUCGCAGAAUAUUGCUGUGAGAGGAUUUACCGUGAACGCUAUGACUGGGAAUAUUUUGGAUACUUGGGAACCUACUGCGGGUUUCACCAACCCUCACUCUCUUGCUGUGACCAGAAACGGAUCCCAUCUCUACGUCACGGAAAUCGGACCCAACAAAAUAUGGAAAUUUGAGUUGACCGACGUAUACGACAAGUAGGAAAAUUACGUUGAACAUAGUGCUAUCGUCGGGGAAAGUGCAAUACCGCGUAACUAACAAAGUCGAUAGAGUUCUUAAUUCAAACAAUGUAACAAAGGAAUUGGACCUUACUGCAUUUGUGCGUUACGGGGUAUUGCACUAUCCCCGACGCUUUGCAACACACUUCGUUACUGACAUGUUCGUGUUGCAGCGGCCAUUUUGCGCAAAUAGCUGUAAGUGUGUUGCGGGCACUAAACGAAAUGCAUAUACCCAGAAUGUAAUGAAAAGCGCGAAUAAGAUUCGCUUAUUAACGUUAAGUGAGAUGGUAUAAGAUAUAAUCGAGUGCGUUAAGACAGAUGGGGAUCUAGGUAAUGUUUUUAAUUUGUUAAGCUAUUCCUUACAAGGAUCUAAAAGCUAAGAAACUCCAAAAAGUACAGUACCUGCAAUAAUAUGGUACACAACGAAGGCCGCAAAAACAUCUGAUACGGUCUUAUUUGUAGAGCCAUAAGAGCGUGUCACAUAUUUUUGCGGCCUUCGAAGACUAACGUAUUAUUGCAGGUGACUGUACCUACGGCUAUUUAGUUCCUAAAACUCCCAUCUAUCAGUAUUAUAUAACUGUUACUAAAUAGAAUACAACGCUUGGAACUUUAACUUCUUGUAGUGUUAUUGUGUUGGAAAUAUCCUGCGAUAUGCCUAGAUAGCCACCGUUAUUUGUAGAAGAUAUAUCGCGUUUGAACUAGGUUCGACGUUAUGCGCACAGAGUUCACAGAGUUAAGAGUAUUUUAUAAAGUCUUCGCAUAGGUUAAGCUACAUAUAAGGUUCCUUGGGAACGUUCCUUUUUCACAACUAUUAGCCUCUUUAGCUUGCCCUGUAGUCUGUACCCUUUCUAUAGCAUAUUUCUUCUAAAUCUAGGAAUCAGAAAUAAGCUUACAGCAGAAAAAUACUCAAAGAACAAAAAAACCAACGGGUUGCACUCCGGGAGUGCCGGCAGAAGUAAAAACUCAAUGGCAUUGUAACAGUUUUUCGAUCAGGUCACGUGUCCGUCUUACGUGUUACGAAUCUUACGGUCACGUGACCUGUCGCGAGUUUAACAUUUUUUCCCCCAUCACAAAAAGUGCACAGCGCCGCUAAAGAAGUUUUCACUUCAAAAAUAUGCUGAAAAUAGAAAAAAUACUCAACAAUGUAUAGAGCUAUAAACAGGUGCUAUAAAUUUGUUAUAAAAAAUAUUCUCCAGAUUAAUAUCCAUGCUUCAGUUAAAUUAAACGCAUUGUUUUUGAGCCUUGCUUUCUAAAACCAAAAUAGUUAUGAGGUAACGAGUAUGUCGUCGGAUGAAAAAACUUGGUGAAAAUUAAGGGCUGAUGCAACUGUUCGGACAAAAAAUAGGGCAAUUCGCCAGUAACUGGCCACUUUAAGUAACUAGACGGACUAAACUAGUUAGAACUGAUCAUAAUAUUUUCAGAUUAAAAACAAUAAAUGUAUCUUUCAUGUACAUUAAGUAGGUACCUACACGACAACCGGGCUAUAGAACGUCAAAUACCUAUCCAAUUUUAUAUUUGAAUCAAAAUGGUUGCAAGAAGUAAGACUUUGUAUUUGUAUAUAGUAUACACCGUGAAAUUUUAGUGGUUGUUUUCCCGCAACGAAAUGAUUCUGCUAUCGAUAUACAGUCGAUGUGUAAUCUUUUUUUUAAAUAAUGUUAAGAAAUGCCAGAUUUAUAAAUGUGUCGAACGAAACUCGAAAGUGACCUAACACCAGUGGUAGCACUGCAGUAGUACCUACCUAAUUCUUUUGAGUGAAUGAAACAAAAUAACCUAAAAAGUAGUUCCAUUUAUUUUUCCUUCACACAUUUUACGUGCAGUUAGUUUGCAGAUCCUUAAAAGUAAACAUAACAAGUUAAGAUCAAGCUUUUAAUGAUCAAAAACUUAAACAAACACUUAAACUUCCCGAUACCGCAAUAAUUGUUCGAACUGCAAUCCGCCACGUUCAACGUACGACGUACACAAUUACCUCUGCCCUGUGCAUGUGCUGGCGUUUGAAACUGCCCGUGGUUAAGCAGCCGCUGUGUUGCGGCGACAACUUUAUUGUUCGUCCGUGUGGAACUUGGGGGUUUAAAAUCCCCCGAAGACGCAGCGACUGUAAAUGGUCCGGUUCCGCGUAAAGUCGCCGGGCGGCGUGGGAGUCGUAGUUAGCCCUAGCGUACAGCUGCACCAUCGCGACGUACUCUAAAUUAGAAUAUUCGUAAUGUCGAUCCAUUUUACUACAAAUAGCAGUGAUGACAUUGACAGGAUCUGUUAUCACAUUAGUUUAAUAAGCGAAGAGGAUGUAAUUAUUCGAUUUACCAAAGUUGACACAACGUAAUGGCAAUCAUCAAACUAAUAAAAAGGUUUUAUUUCAACUGUUAAUCGUGAAGGAAGAGUCUAAGUAAAUUUUAAUUUCAGUUGUCAAACAGUAAAGCACUCUAGCCUGUUACAUAGUUUAAAAAAGUAACAUGUGCUUGUUUAUUUGUUUAUCUGUUUACAAUAUCGGGAACUGUCGUCGACUUGCAGUUUUAGUGUGUUACUAUUGUUUUUCGCUUGUUCGAGUUUAGGUUAUUUUUUUGUAUUUUUUUUUUUUGGAAAACAGUUUAUUUAUAAGUUUGUCUAUCAUAAUUCGGAAGUACUACCGAUAGCAAAUCGCCCUGCCGCGGGAAAACAACCACUAAAAUUUCACGGUGUAUACGGGUAUAUACUAUAUACCAACACACAGAGAGAUUCAUUCAUUCUUAGACACACCUCUUCUACAAUCAAUAAUUCUUUGGUAUCUAUGUGCUAAAUAGCGCAUUUUGGAUUGAAAAAAAUCAAUUAAUCUCUUAACCCAUUUACCGCCAAUGACUAUACAUAUAAUGGGCUAUAGCCCAAUAUCAACCUUCGCGCAUACCUAUCAUGUUCACGAUGACGCACACGAUAGACGUGGCGUUCGGUAUCGUCUUGGGUCGUCCCAUUCGUUUUUCGUCAAGUUCUUAAAUUAGUCCUAUUCUGCUUUCGUCACUCGUUCUACAUUGAAAGCCACCGACGAUUGUGACGAAUAUAGAAUGAGUGGCGAAAGCAGAAUAGGACUAAUUUAAGAACUUGACGAAAAACGAAUGGGACGAUCCAAGACGAUACCUGGCGUUCAAAGGGUUAAUAUUAAUAUAAUAAAACGGAUUGUCAUCGUUCAUCCCCUGGCCGCGUAGCCAACGUGCCAAUCGUUAACGCUCCGUAGCGUAUCGUAGCCAUCUCUCUUUAUCACUCUUCCGUAUUAAUGCGACAGUGACAGUUGCGAUUCGUUCGCUACGGAGCGUAAACGAUUGCACGCUGGCUCAGCACUCUGAGGGCCUACCGCGUACCACGUUUGGUGUGUUGCCUCUCUGUCGCACUUGUAAAGUCGUAUGUAAGUGUGACAGGGAGGUAACACGUCGAACGUGGUUCGCGGUAGGCCCUCUGGACUCCAUAUUUAUUGGCCUUGGCUUCGACUAGGUAUUAAGGUAGGUAUAUAGGUUGGUAUAUCAAACCCCUAGUCGAGUCAAGGUCUUAGUUAAUUGAGUUUUCCCCUAUCGAGUAUUUGCAAGUGCGUCGUAAGCACGCAAACUUGAGAGCCAAAGCGACCAAAGUCCAUUUUGAUUUACAAGCGAUUAUAAUACUAACUAAUAUAAGCUUAAAGGUUGAAAUCGCGUAAACUUGCCAUUUACCAAGUCAUAGUGAUUGAGCAACAGUUUAUGUAGGUACCUACUGUAGGCCUGCCGCGAAAAAAGGAAAUCGAAAUUUAAUUAUUUGCCUCUCCAUCGCACGAAUAUGCAAGAGCGAUAGAGAUGUAAUCGCAAUGAGUAAUGGCGUAAUCGAAAAUGAGAGUUAGUAUUAGCUCGAUACAAGACCUACGGCUACCAUCAGUUUGGCAUUGACAUAAACGCUAUCGUGAACGUAAUUUACUUUCUAUGCAUCUCGUACUGACACAUUAGUGCGAAAGAGAUAUACCUAUGUUCUUGACUAAACAAAAAGCUUUUAUUUUAUAGUUAGACUCGAAAUCAAUUCUUUCCCUCUUUUUCUUGGAUUAAAUGCAAAGUACAAUGGACCAAAUCUGGAUUUGGUAUUAUAUUGAUAUAACCACAUUUUUGACAUAUACUUAUAAAAAUCUCAAAGUUCCGUAGGUUUUAAAGAAUGUAAUAAAUUGGGAAAAUGA